UCCAUUUUUAUUGUGCAAGUGGAAGCGUGCAGACGGAGUUUCAGCAGACCAACCGCAUUUCUGCAAUGUUGUUGAGGGCGGCGCAGCGCGUAAAGACAACCCACCAUUUCUGGGUUGACUUAGCACUUCGGAAGCAAAGUAAAAUUAUAUAAGCCGUGCAUAUCUUAUCGUAGCAUUCAUCACCAGCAAUUUGUUUUCCAACUCCAUAAUGAAGAACUCGCAAUACAUUAUGCGAAUUGUAUUUCUGUUAGUAUGUUUACUCUUCUGUUCGGCAGAGGCAGCAGGUUGUGCUUCAUCAAAUGUUAAGGCUGCGUAUUGGCCAUCUUACACCGCCUCAUUCAUGCCGCCCGCCUCCAUCAACUCAGCCGUCUACUCUCACAUCUUCUACGCCUUUGCAACUAUGAAUGACCAAACAUUCCAGGUUGAGGAUCAGAACAUGAUGGCCCAAUUCACCGCAACAGUGCAGCGGAAAAACCCGUGCGUAAAGACUCUCAUCUCCAUCGGAGGCGGGGGUUCCAACUCCACUGCCUUUGCUCUCAUGGCAACCAAUCCCAUCCGCCGUGCAGUCUUCAUAAAAUCAGCCAUCGCCCUCGCCAGACGCCACAACUUCCACGGCCUCGACCUCGAUUGGGAAUAUCCCACCAACACUACGGAAAUGGAGAAUUUGGGCAAAUUGUUCUCCGAGUGGAGACACGCCAUAAAUUUGGAGAGCAGAUCGUCUGGUCGGCCUCCGCUUCUCCUGACCGCAGCCGUGUAUUUUGCGCAGAGAUUCUUCUUGUGGGGUGAGCUAAGAAGCUACGCGACGGCCUCCAUUGCCAAAAACCUCGACUGGGUAAAUGUGAUGGCCUUUGAUUAUCACGGCUCAUGGGACACUUCCGCGACCGGAGCACACGCGGCUCUUUAUGACAGCAGCUCUAACGUUUCGACCAGCUAUGGGAUUUCAACUUGGGUCGACUCCGGAUUGCCGCCGCGUAAAGUUGUGAUGGGGAUGCCGCUCUACGGGCGUUCGUGGGUGCUCAAGUCGCAAAACCAGACGGGCAUAGGAGCUCCUGCUGUGGCGGCUGGUCCCAAGCAAAAUCUCAGCGCCGAAACCGGUGUUAUGUUCUUCUCGGAGGUACGCGACUUCAUAAUGGAGAAGCAUGCGACCGAGGUGUACGAUCCUGAAAGCGUCUCAGCUUACUGCUAUGCGGGAGACUUAUGGGUUGGUUAUGAUAACCAGGACUCCGUGGCUGCUAAGGUUAAGUUUGCUAAGCAAAAGGGGCUGUCGGGAUACUUCUUCUGGGCUAUUAGCCAGGAUAGUAAUUGGAUGUUGUCCACCACAGCGUCUCUGUCGUGGAACAAAUGAGAUCUUGAUUUGCGAGCGGUGUGGGUGGGGACCGAAGAAUGACAAACAAAGCGAUGGUCAUUCUGAUUCAUUUUAUGUAAUUUUCUUUGUUUACGAAUAAAAUGUUACAGAACAUAAAAGCCUGAUUUGUACCCAUGAGAUUGGGGUACAGUAUUUCCUCGUUUUUUUCAUUUGAAAAAAUCCAAAGAAUUCACCGCUUGUUAAGUCAGGGCUUUGGCUUUUCUCUUAGCUUCAAAUGAGAAAACCAGCAACUAAUUUCUUCCUUAAUAAGGAAAGGAAAGCUAAAUGUAUGAAUGAAAGAAAUAAAGAAGAUGACUUCGUAUA